UUUGAUUCUAUCUUUUUUUAUAAAAAAUAUCAAGAACAAUUUUUUGUCAAGAUGAAUGCAAAUCUCAAACUUUGUGAGUCCGAUAAAAUUGAAAAAUUAUAUAUUCUAGAAAUUUUUAUUGAUUCGGUUACUAUUUAUGCCGAAAAAUUGCAAAAAAUUCUUCCUAACGAAUUAGGUGUUGAUUUAAAAUUUAUCGAUAUGCCAUUGUUUCGAAUUUUUCAAAGUUAUUUUUUAUUAACCAAGCCAGAUAGAUCAAAAGAGAUAACUCGCGGACCAGGAACUUUUACUAUAAAUUUUAAUGCUGGUAAAGCAUAUCUGUUCACUAGAAACCCCGGCGAACUUGUAGCACAAAUGCGAUCUAAACCCAUAUUAUUAGACGUAUAUAAAAUCAAAAAAAUCGAAAUUUGUCCCGAGGAAGUAAAAAAGUAUCCAUUAGGACAUUCAGUAAUUCCGAUACCAGGUUGCUUAUGUGACCACACAAUGAUGGCAAGCAAUGAUAUAUAUCAUUUACCAAAACCGUAUGAAAUAAAAAAUAUUUUUGUUCUUAUGGACGAGGAAUAUAAGCCAUCUGGUUAUAUAAAUAUUUUCUUGAGAUUGACUUGUUUUGGAACGUAUACAAUCAAUCCCUUCGUAAUCGCAGGAAAAAGAUUAUUAUAUAGAAAUAUUGGUUCAUUUAAUGAAUUUUUGUGCACUAAAGUAAUGUAUCCAGAUGAGGAAGAAAGAAGAGCAGCAGAAGCUGGUACAAAAUUCUGCAUGCCUGAAAAAAUAUUUGAAGAAAGUGAACUAGAUACUCCUCCAAGAGCAAUAAAUAUAGCUCAUUUGAUAUUAGUUUGUAAAGAUUUAUCGGAAAAAGACGGAUAUCCGCCAAAUGUGAUUUCUCCAAAUUAUCCCCCGAAAAUUCCAGAAAUAACUACUGAAGAAAUUAAAUUUGAUAUUAAUAGAACACGACGAAAAGGAUUUAAAAUGAUAGUUCAAGAAGAAGUUAAUGCUAUUACUCCAAGAUAUAAAACAUGUAUUAAUAUUGGAUGCCCUGGUAACAUUUGCACGGGACAAAAAUAACAAUAAAGUUAAAUAAAAAUAAAAGACGAUCAUCAAAUUAAAUAGAAUUAAAAAUUAUUUUCAUAAAUAAAAAUG